UUCAAAGACUAGGGAAAAGAUGUUUCAAUUAUUAAGUAAAUGUGUGGAAAAGAUUGGAGUAAGAAAUGUGGUGCAAGUGGUCACCGAUAGUGCUUCAAACAAUGUUUUAGCAGGAAGAUUUUUGGAGGCAAAAUAUCCUACGUUAUUUUGGACACCAUGUGCAGCGCAUUGCUUGGAUUUAAUGUUGGAAGAUAUUUUCAAGUUGCCUAAUAUGAAGAAGACAUUUGAGAGAGCUGUUAUGGUGAAUAGCUAUAUCUAUACUCGUUCGGGUCUAGUAAACAUGCUUAGAAGGUUUACUGACAAGAAAGAGUUGUUGAGGCCUGCAAAAACACGGUUUGAAACUGCCUUUAUCACUUUGGGCAGGAUGCAUAGUCUGAAAAGCAACCUUAGAAGGAUGUUUACCUCCGAGGAGUGGAUGACAAGCAAGUGGGUAAAAGAAGCGGGGGCUAAAAAGGUUGUAGAAGUGAUUUUGAUGCCUUCAUUUUGGAACAAUGUUGUAUUUGCUUUAAAGGUGGCUGGUCCAUUGGUGCGUGUAUUGCGCUUAGUGGAUGGUGAGAAGAAGCCUGCUAUGGGAUACAUAUAUGAGGCCAUGGAUAGGGCCAAAGAAGCGAUUGCUAACUCUUUUAAUGGGGAUGAAAAGAAGUAUGCACCUAUUUUUCAGAUCAUUGAUAAUCGAUGGGAUGUUCAGCUUCAUCGCCCCUUGCACGCAGCGGGUUGGUACUUGAACCCAGAAUAUUUCUACAAGGCUGAACGUAUAGAUCCAAAGAUCAUGACUGGCUUAAAUGAAUGCAUUAGAAAGUUAAAUCUAGAUGUAAAGGUUCAAGACCAAAUUGAUGCUGAGCUUUCGAUGUAUAACAAUACAGAUGGGUUCUUUGGAAACUAUAUGGCUAUUAGAAAGAGAGCUGAGAAAUCACCAGGUACACACAUAUAUAUAUAUAUUACAUUAUAUAUAUAAUCAUUCUAGAUAAUAGAUAAUAACUAACCCAUGAAUUUUAUUGGACAGCUGAAUGGUGGGCUUCAUAUGGAAUGUCAACACCCACGUUGCAAAAAUUUGCAAUUAAAAUUCUUAGCUUGACUUGUAGUUCAUUUGGGUGUGAACGUAA